AUGAAGCUGUGCGAGGUUCUCGCACGCUCGUCAUGCACUGCGUUCUACAACAUUGCAAUGCUGAACUUGUUGUCCGAAAUUGUGUCUACAAAGGCCUUGGCAAGCAGCUUUGAUACCUACAUCCUGGGGCUGUUCAUCAUUUCCCGGUGCCUUUGGGUGUACAUCGCCCAUCGGCGCGCGCAAAGAGCGCUCAUCCUUGACUGGCACGACAAGGGCGAGUAUGUGACCAAUGUUGGUUUCUUUGCCAGGCUGGAUCUUAUGAUCAGCCUGACAGUGGUGGAAAUGUUCUUGAUCCCAAGGAUGGUCCGAGACGUUGUGUCCCUGCUUCAUCCUGACAAGAGGUGCCACCCAUUCGCGGCAUUCGGCGGGAAGCUGUAUGGGCCUCGUUCCUUCAUUCUGGGCUUCCCCAACAAGGACAUGUACACCACCGAGAGCCUACACGGCAUAGUGUCUCAGGUACCCAUUCUGAUAGCAGAUGUCGUCCUCAUCGCCAGCCUGUGUUGGACAUUGAGCGCCAAGAUAGGCCUUUUUUACUUCUCCAUUCCCGAAGACCGGGAACGCUGGCUUUGGUGCCGCUGCAUGACGUGGCUGGUUCUGGUGCUCACGGUGGUGAAUUUCGUCUUGAAGGUGGUCUUGUUUCGUCGAUAUUUGAAGGCUCGCGGUCGCUAUCGGGCCUGGCUCAAGGUGAAGUUGAAUGACCCAACUCAGCCUGACGCUUGCAGGCGUGCCCUGAGGAAAGCUUGGAGAGUUUACUUCGGCGAGCUAAGCCAGAUUCUGGUACAAGAGCCUCUGAGCCCGUGA